AUGGAUGAAGAUCUAAGUACUGUAUAUACUCUAACAGAACAGCAUCUUCUGUCUAUUCAGCAAUUUUUCUUGUCGAGAUCAGAUGACUUCAACGAAAAUGAUGCCCAGAAAUGCAUAGCUGAUGAUUAUCAAGAUGCUAAUGCCGAUAAAAUGGAUGAAAACAAUGCGAGGAUUAAAGCUGGGAUUGCUGAUUGGACUGAUUUUGAUUCAUUUCAUAAUAAUAGUGACGAUUUGAUUCCUCCUUUCAUUAAGAAAGAGGACCAAGAAGUACUAGUAAUUGCGAAAAAUUCAACCUGGCUUCAAGGAUCAUUAAUUUCAGCUGUAGGAAUUAUGGAUUUGUUGGUAUUUGCUCACGCACAAAAAAUUAUUGUGGUUGAGAAGAACCAAACUGAUAAUACAUUUCGGACAGUUGGACAAUUUAACGUCACCGAUGAUUCUUCAUGGAAGCCUCUGACGUAUAUUCGGUGUUUAUGUGUACUACCUAUGAGUUGCACGAGAAAAACGGAGACAUGUUUGUAUGAUUGGUGUGUGAUAAUUGUUGGAUUAAGCAACGGAUAUGUUCGAUUUUUCACUGAAAGAGGCUUGCUACUGCGAUCAGAGCAUGUAGCAAAUAGUCCAAUAGAAGAAAUUCGUUUUGGUGAGUCAGUGAUGGCUGGCAAUCAAGAACUAGCAAUACUUUCACAAACUGAUUUAACUUGCAUUGAAGGACUUUCAUUAUAUGUUGCGUUGAAAGCAGCAAAAAAUCAGUUGGCACGGGGAGAAACGAAUGUACAAAAAAUUGCUGAAAGCUCCCAAUUAAACAGCACAAAAUUAAAACUCGAAUCUGACGUAAAAGUAGUCGAUUUUGGUGUUUCUGGUCCAGUUAAAGCGACGUGGUUCGAUCUUAGUAUUGCUGCUACACUUUCGUCCAAAGGUUAUGAGGCUAGGGUAGAACGGUCUUCGCUUCCGCUUUAUUCUACUUAUGUUUUUGUUGGUCAGUCGCCAUAUGUUGGCUUCGGUUGGUAUGCCUCUACGGGUUCGCAGAAUAUUUUAUCUGAUACUUUGUAUGCUCUUGGAAGUCAGCUCACAUCGUCUGUGGUAUCAAGUAUUCCAUUACUUGGCAUAAGUUCCUUAUUUGGUCUAAACGUUUCUCGUAAAGAUCGCGCAGUGAACUCUCCAAUUGUUGAGUUAUCUUCAAGUGCUGAUAUACCAAUGCGUUCAGUUAUUAUUGAUGGCAGACGCAAAGGCGAGCGAAUAUAUAUGGCACCGCCAAAAUAUAAACUUGCAGCUAUUACAGAUUCAUUGGCUCGUGUAGUAUUACUUGAUAUUAAACAUCGUCUUAUGUUGCGAAUUUGGAAAGGAUAUCGUGAUGCACGUUGUGCCUGGUUAGAAGGUUUGUCCACUUUGGAUCGGAAAAAAAACAAAUAUGAAUUACAAGUGCAGCCAUCAACCGUGUUAUACUUGGUGAUAUUCGCUCCUAGGAGAGGUUUACUCGAGGCAUGGAGUAUGCAAAAUGGAAAAAGAGUCUUUGCCUCGCAAGUAGAUCGUGAUGGUCGAUUGAUUGGAGUUCAGAGACUCAGUGACCAGUUGUUGGGUUUUGAUGACCGAGCAACAUCGUAUUUACCAUCCGUUUUUUUCUUAUCAUCGAAUGGGAAAAUUCAACGUCUCUUAAUACCGUUUCAUCGCGCCUUAUCAGACGAAAAUGGCUCUGCUGUUCAUGAUUCAAGUAUCAUCAGAGAAAUUAAUCACAUGACAAGAAAAGGAAAGAGUGGAGAUUUGCUUAUGUGGUUUAAGUUUUUCCGAGCUCUACGAACUGCAGCAGCUAUGAAAGAAAGCAUCUGUAUUUUGUGGCGUAGUUUUGAUAUCGACUGUUUCAAAUUUCGUCCCAUACUUACUUCGAUUUUGCAACAUGUAGAAAGAUACGACACUUUGAACAAAUCUAUGGAUCGUGAUGGUUUCUUAAUAUAUGUCAGCGCAGUAUCACAGUUGCUUGAUGCAUUUAUAACUUUGCACAAAAUAAAAAGUGACCCAGCUUACGAGACAGAUACAGAAAUUGAAGAGAAUAAUCUGUCCCAUGAAUUUUUUAUCGACAAAGAAACAAUGGAUUUGUGUACAACGCACAUUUACGAAUUUAAUGGUAGUAGUACUCUUGAUGAGAAACCAGAACUCAGUUUCACUGAGUAUUUAUCAAAUUUCGAUUUAAAUCAAUCAAAGAUAUCGGCAUCGAAUAGGAAUUUAGUAACAAACAAGCUGCUCAGGAAGACUCCAACAUUUGGAAAGUUGGUAUUUAGUGGCAUAUUAACAAAGCGUUGUACUGUACACAACUUUGUAAACCAGAUAUUACCUAAACUUGGUUUAUCGGGGGAAGAAAUUGCUGAAUUAUUUUGUACGUAUUGGUUAAGUUCUCGUCAUGAUUGUUGUUACUCACUGUCUCAUGUUUUAACUCUCUGCGCACACUUAUCUAAAUUCGAUUCCAGUGUUCAACUCUGCUAUGAAGUUAAUUCAGCCUUAUCUCUGUGUUUAGUUGCACGAGCACUUUCAUUUGAUCUACAAUAUUCAUACACUGAGUCUAAUAUCGGUAGCCAAGAUAGAUCAGAUCCUGAAGACUGGGAUCAUAUUGAAUUAAAAUUGGAGUGGUGGGAUUUGCUCCUCAGACAUUUGAUGUGUAUGAAUGCUCUUGGGAAACUUUCUAGUAAACUACGAGUUAGAGUAUUGGACUUGAUUAAUAAUGGUCCAGCUUACUACAGAGAGCAGGUCGGCAAAUGGUCAGCAGAGUUCAUAACAGAACCUGAGCAUUUUUAUGAUAUAUUUAAAGACUCAGCAUCGAUCAACCCAAAUGUCGAGUGGCAGAUAAUAAUUAGCGACUUGAAGAAAUUCUUUCCUAUAAGUUUUUCAUCAGAGCUUGUCAUGUGUGAUUGUGCUUGGGAAUGUACUAGUGAGUGGAGGCGUAGCAAAGACAAAAACCAAGCAUAUGAGCUUUUGGAGAAAGCAGUAAAAUUUAUAGAACUUACCAGCCAGGCAGGUCGAUUACAACAUGGUCUUUGUACUUUAUUAUGGGAAACAUUUUUAUGCCAACCUUUUCGAUAUAUUUAUGACUUUCUAAAUCGAAAAUCUUCUCAGUAUAAAAAAUUGGAAGACUGCCGGAUUAAUAUUAAGCGCUUUUCUUUAUGCUGUUCGAAAAUCCUAGAAAUGUUACGGAAGUCAGUUCGUUUUGCUGAAGAUAUGUCGCUUGAAAUUAGAGAUUCUUCAAGCAGUGUGAUCAAAAACAAGUUGUUUGAGGAUUUUAUCGAAGCGAUUUUUGAAUUUCAACAACGCAAACAGGCCAAACCAAAAAAACCAUUAUGUGACCUGGCAGUUCAAAAAAAGCCCGUGAAUUUUCCACUGGUUUGUCAUCAUCAUGAUCUGGCGAUGGUGAUCCAGUUGCAGGCUUCACUGGAAGAAUGGCCUCCAGGACCAAAAUAUUUUUUCGAUGCAGUUGGUGAACGAGCAUUCUUCGAAUCACUUUAUACUCAUCCGCUUAUUCCAUUGGAAAGUAUUUCUGAGAGUUUACGAGAAAAAAGAAUGGAGUUCUUGAAAAAGUGUGUUGAAAGUAACGGUUCGCCAGAGUUUACUCGCUACCUACGCUUUCUCAUCUAUGAUUUAGCUGAUGACUGGAAGCUUAAUGUUGAUGAAAUUAAAGCAAAGGAAGUAAUUAAUUUGUUCAAAAAAGGCCUUGAUAGUGAAGCGAAGGAUAUCUUAAGGGUUAUUGAAAGUAUGGAACUUCUACCAUAUGAACUUUUUAACGUGGCUGUUGCACGUGUGCGGAAGUGGUUUGAUACAAGUGAUGAUGAUCUUAUAAUGCGUGGCCUAAAGAUGUCCGCUAUAGAUAAUUGCAUGAUCAAAUACGUUCAUGAAUCAAAAAUGGAAGUUGUUAUAGUUCCACCAAGUGAUAUUGAAGGACUCAUGCAGCAGGUGAUUAUGUGUUUAGACCGUGUGCAGUCUACUGAUCAAGCUGUCCAAACCUACCAUCUCGCCAAAAAAUUCGAAAAACUUGUAGCUCUCAUUAAAUAA